UUUCACCGCAUCUUCUCAUACUUGUUCCCCUGCUACUUCAACGCGUCACGUGAAUCGGAUCACCUCAACCUCCUCUUCUCUAUAAAUACCAAUGAUCAAUCCUCUUCUCCCCAGCAGGUUCUUGCUGAUCGUUUCCUCGAUACUUCUAGGCGGUGGUCGAGCGUGGGGAAGAGCCGGGAGAUAGAGACUGUGGAAUCAUCAUCUCUUCGCUGCUGAACAUUUUGGUGCAAGACCUUUUGGAUCGUGGAAUCCCAUAAAGAUCUCAAAGAUUGCUGAUAUAAGUGAUGGAGGUAUUUGGCAAAUCUAUGGUGGCUGUGCCAACAAAUGUUAUUUAUUUAUCAACUAUUCUAGGCCAAGAUCAGUCAAACCCUGUCCACAAGUGCGAUUGGAAAUGUGAAAAUGAGCACGUAUGCGGAAACAUGUACCGGUGCAGGCUAACAGGACUGACACACAUUUGUGAUAAAAACUGUACCCAGAGAAUUCUGUAUGACAACCAUAGCUCCAUUUGCAGAGUGAGCAGGCAGGUUUCCCCUUUAACACUGGCUGAGGAACAGGCAGUGAGAGGUAUCCGGAGGAAGAUUGAUGCUGAGAGUUCUUCCUCUGAUAGUUUCGCUUUUAAGCGCAAACGGAAUGCACCUCUCCAUCCCUCUCCUUUUGAGAGAUCCUUCUCUGCUGUUGGUCCAAUCUGCAGUCAAGUUGGAGAUGGCAUGGACUUGAACUAGACAUAAUAAUUGUUGAACUAUCUUUCUUCUUCCUAUUUUCCUUUUCAUCUUUUAUUUUUCAUGCGGCUCACAUGGAUAAACAGAAGUUGACAUGGAUAUUAUUCUAAUGGAGGACCUUAUGUGUCCUGCUAUCUGUAGGAACAGCUUAUAUUACUAAAGACACCUAAUGGAUUGUUACUCUUUUACUAGAAGCUGGCUAUUUGUAGGGGAUUUAACUAUGUCAUAUCUAAUACUACCUGCAACAAGUCCAUGUAACCCUCGAAUUCAUUAUCAUUCAAAGUUUGACUUGUGACAAGUACAGGGAUAUAUUUGAAGACCUGACUUCAAUCAUCUAUUUUAAAUUCCAUGUAACCCUCGAAUUCCUUCUCAUUCAAAGUUUGACUUGUGAUGAGUACAGGGAUAUAUUUGAAGACCUGACUUGAAUCAUCUAUUUUAAAUUCUUCAUUUGGACACCUUGGUUUGAAUGUGGUUGUAUUUGAAGAACCAGGUGAUUAUUGCCUACUUUGUUGUGAUAGAUGAGUUUAAUCCUCUUGUGUUUGUGUGAUUGCUUGGUAAUUUGGACAUUUCGUUUUGACAUCCUGAAGCAAUACUCUUUCUAGUGCAUGGCUUCUAGCCCCUUGAUCCCUCUUUAAUUGUAUUUACUUGUGAAGAAAAUGCAGUAUACUUUCUGGUGGCUUUCACUUUUCUGUGCGAUCGCUUUUACCUGGUCUUUAGAAGGAUAGUUUUUAAUUGGAAUUUGUGAAAUUCUUAUAUGGUUCACUUGUGUUGUACAGGUUCAACAGUACAAAUAAAGGGCAUUUUUGCUUUGCAUCUUGCAGAAAAUUUAUCCUAACUAAUUUUUGACUUACUCUUCCAUCUGUAUUUCAGGUUGAAGGAACCACCCUGUUCUUUCGUCGUUCAUAGUUUAACAUCUUUUAUUUAUUUUUGUUUAUAUCAUCCUGGUUUUAAUUUAUGGCUUCCUGAAGCUGAAGUUAUUUUUGCAGGGUUGAAGCAUGUGCCAUUCAGGAGAGUUGAAAAUAGUUUAUUGCCUUUAUGAUUGAAUCAUUCUAUUUAGAAAUUUGUUAAAUUGGAGCAUUUCUAAUGUGUUCUCUUUAUUGAUUGGCAGGGGGAAGGAAAUUGAAGGAGACUGGUGGGCUAUGAGACGGCAAUUGGCUGAAAUUGAUCAUCUACGGCCGUCUCAAGAUCUCUCUCGAUUUAUCGAUCCGUCUCAAGUUGCAAGCAGAAACUCGAAGAAAUUGGGGGCUAGGGCUACAAUCUUGGAAUCUUGGGACUCUGAAACGCUAGAAGAAAAGGCGACCUCUCUCUUUGAAAGGCUCGCCGCUGGCCAUGUCGGCAUUCUCCAGACUCACUUUCUGUGUGAUCAUCUACGGCCUCGUCUUCGCCCUAUGCUUCUGUACGUCCGUCAGAUCGGAGCAUGAUGAGUCUUCCGCUAUCCGAUUACCAAGCGAGGGUGACAACGCCGGCGGAGGCGAUGAUCUCUGCUCCGGUACGGUGACUCACGCCGCUUGCCCCGUCAAAUGCUUCAGGACCGACCCCGUUUGUGGGGUGGACGGGGUGACCUACUGGUGCGGCUGCGCCGAUGCCCUAUGCGCCGGCACGCGUGUUGCCAAGAGAGGUUUCUGUGACGUCAGUGGUGGAGGAAGCGCUUUGCUCUCCGGUCAGGCAUUCCUCUUGGUCCAUAUUGUCUGGCUCUUAUUGCUUGGCUUCUCUGUCUUGUUCGGCCUUCUCUGAGUAGAGUUGCAUAUGUUCUCUCUCGGCUUCCCCCGAUUUCAUUUCUAUUCAUUUCAUCUCCGUACGAGAUCAGAUCUGCUAAUUUGGUCCGUUCUUUUCCUGUUUGUUUCUUACUUUUGCAUAUGAAUGUUUGUUUGUAUAUGAUUACUAUAAUUGAGAAUGUGAAUCACGGCCAUUUGUUCUCUCA